UCCACGUUGAUGGUAAUGCUCGCCGGAGGAGAGCACGAUUUCACCGAGCUUUGGGGUAGAACCGGUGGUUACAAUGAUCCAAGUAGUAACAAACACACAUUGCCAUUGCAAGACAUAGUUCCGAAUGGGAAUUUCCGCAGUGCUAUUGUUGACAACUGGACAAACGCACAAUUUGAUACGAUUGUCGUGAGUGGUACAAACAUGUACGGUGACGUGUUUUGGGAAAUGGGUUUCAACUUCACGGGUACAACUCAGAGUCUUACGUCCUGGAUGACCGCAUCGAAUGUGAAGUAUUCAACGCAUGGUGACAUUGCGAAUAUUCAGAUUAUAUGGAGUGUCUCUAACUAUAACGUAAGAGUGACAACCAUGACAGACACAGAAUUGAAUUGGUUCGCCGUUACAUCGGCUCACACUUCAUAUAAUGGAAUGCCAAAAAUGUUUGCACCCAGAAAAGCAAAUACGGCAUUUACCAAACCAACAGUUAACGACGGAUAUCUCGGAUGCUGGGCCAGAUCUGAACUCGAAAUUAUCCCCGGAAAUUUUACGCACAUAUCGAUGACUUCCAGCAUGUGCGUGAAUUAUUGCUGGGCAAGAUCGUCUGUCGCUUACAUUUCGCAAAUAGCCGAUUGCGUCUGUGCCAAUGUACUCAAUGAACAGCCAGUGGACGUUCCUACACAAUGUACGGAGUUUUGUGCAGACUGGCUCAGCCCAUGCGGCGGUUCGACCAGUACUUACGGCAGUGCUUAUCACGUACAAGGCCCAAAGUUGCCCGGCGAGUUGACUCCUAUCGAGAUGUAUAACAAAAACUAUUUGUCCAGCGACAACAUUAUCCUGAUAGAUGAAGCUCAGAUCAAUUUCGGGACCGGUCCCCACAUUAUUACAAACAUCGGAGUGCAGCAUGAAAGCCUCUCACUUUUUGACGUUGCUUAUAGCGAUGAUAACUGCAGUACUGCUACAGAGAAAAGCACCUUAAUUAUUAUUUCUGGCACUAACUUUGCAACAGAUAACAUCCUUUACAAUGUGUCCAGUCUGCGAGUAGGUUGCAUUCGCCUUUAUGUCUCAGUGGUUAUUGCUGCAUUUCCGGUAACAGUUCGUCUUUACGGAGUAGAAGAUACCAAUUAUGUUGAGGUUGCUGUCAUGGUUAUUCAAGGAAUAUCGACAGUGCAAAAAACUGCUACAACCACCACCACAACAACUUCUAAAACAGUGUCUCCAACAACAACAGGGCCACCGACAACAACGGAGCCACCGACAACAACAGAGCCCCCGACAACAACAGUUCCAUCGACAACAACAGUUCCCCCGACAACAACAGUUCCCCAGACAACAACAGUUCCACCGACAACAACAGUCCCCCCGACAACAACAGUUCCACCGACAACAACAGAGCCGCCGACAACAACAGUGACGUAUGCAUCAACAACUACCCUGUCAACAACCUCCGUGACGAUAUCGACCGAUCAACAAUCUACAGAGACUGCUACAACACCUGACAUGUGUUAUUGCCCGUGUAACAUUUCCCUGUUCCAACUUAACAUGACUGCGGAAGAGCUACAAGAAAGGAUCUUGCAGAUUCAAAAACGCCUGUCGGUGAAUGUAUCGCAACUCUCUUCGACGAUAAGAAAGCUAACCAGUGCGAAGGACGAACGCCCUUCAGCAAUAAGCAUCGGUUCCAUGGGUGUACUUGUGCUGGUGUUGUUGUUCGCAUCCAUUAUCUUCAUCGACUCUGCGAUGUUGUACAGGGACCUGAAAAUGUUUUUUAAUAAUCUUCGGAACUUCGUGUGCUGCAAGCGAACACUUUCUAACUGACUUUUUUUUCAUUUCUGUAACUACCUUUGGAUCUUUUUAAUCCCAGUUAUUAUCAGUUCUUUAGUGUUUUGUAAGUAUUGUAUGUUAUUCCCUAUUUUGAAGGCAACUGGCGCCUAUGUAUACGAGUUUCUCUUGACGUCUCCUGAGUUUCAUAUUUCGUAUCUUUCUGAUAUGAAUAUUCUCAAAAUAUAAGACUCAUGCUGUACAAAAAAACUUAACAAACGGGAGUAUACUUACUCUUGGUGAAAUGUGUAGCGUAUUUAAAAGCAUUCCAAAUGUUAAAUCAGGUAUUCUACCGCAUCAAUAAAUAGGUUUCAAUACAAGUGUGAGGUUGAACGCUCUGAAACCGGUUGAAACCCCAAAUGCCUUGCGUUUACCGUUCCAAUGCGUUGACCCAAGCUGUAUUCUUGUAUGUGUGGAUGUUGUCUCGUAUUGGACCAACAAAUUGUAUAUAAUGAAAAUGCAAUACUGCUCCAGCAGCUGGAGUUUCACUUUUUUAUAUUCAAUGAGCCCAAUUAAAACAAUAUUUACAACAACAGAAUAACGUGUAAAACACGAUAUUCCAGCGCAACUGUAUUCAUGCCGUACAGUUGAUGUCAAGAAGGCACUCAGUUUAAGUUAUAAUGUACUAGAACCGUCAUGUCACAAUAAUAAUUAUAUCUGAUUUACACACUAGACUUAAAAUAAUUUAUUUAGCGUUUCUCUUAUAUUUAAUGAAGGCUCGUAAAUAUACAAAAAUAACAACAAAUGAGGUUCAAUUUUUUUCAAUUGUCUUUAUUUUUUCUUUAUAAUAUAUCAUACAUAAA